AUGUCUGUUUACCCCUUCUAUUUUAAUAAUACUGCGCUUUCAGAAUCUAAGCUCUCUCAAGAUGACCAGGUGGAAUUUCUAACGAAUGAAGAUUUUUUGAGACCUUUGGAUGAUGACGGGACAUUUCUCACCAAUGACGAUUUCAACAAUGCUGAUAUUCUCCGAAAUGACAGUGAACCCGCUGCUAAAAUCCUUUUAUCACACCAACAGUGGAGAUUAGGAGACAUUAGGGGAAAAGCUGCCUGGCAACUGAAGACCAAAAGAGCAGGUGCUCGAAGGAACGGAGUGAUAACUGGAAUACGAAAAUGGCCAAAUGGGCGCAUUCCAUAUGUGAUCAGCAACCAAUAUAAUGAAAGGGAAAGAGCUGUCCUUGCUAGAAGUUUCCAGGAAUAUCAAAAAAAAACUUGCAUACGAUUUGAACCUCGUACAGCUUUUGACAAUGAUUAUCUUUACAUCGGGAAAAUAGAUGGAUGUUUUUCUGACGUUGGAAGGGCCGGCGGUAGGCAAGAACUUUCCUUAGACGAUGGAUGCUUACAAUAUGAUACCGCUAUUCAUGAGUUGAUGCAUUCUGUUGGAUUUUAUCACGAACAUGAACGGUGGGACAGAGAUAAUUUCAUUAGUAUUCUAUGGCAUAACAUUGAUCGAGAAGCUUAUGAUCAGUUUGGGAAAGUGGAUUUAACUGAAAGCUCCUAUUAUGGACAGGCGUACGACUACUAUUCGAUCAUGCAUUACGACAGUUUGGCUUUCUCAAAAAACGGUUAUGAAACUAUGAUUGCUAAAAGACCUGAGAUGACCAAUGUAAUUGGCGCUGCUAUAGAUUUUAGCCCAGUAGAUAUCCUCAAAAUGAACUUGAUGUAUCAAUGCAUGAACGGAGCCUCCGUAGAAACAAGUCUGCCAGGGGCUAACCUAGUCAACAAACCUAUAAUAGUAGCCCCGGCGCCAAAUAUUCCUCUGCCUCCAAUGGAGCCCAUAAUCACUACUUCUGGUGAAGAAGGAGACUGUCGAGAUCGUACGAAUCUCUGCUGGAGAUGGCUGGAUCGCUGUCGUUCAUUCUUCUUCGAAAAAAUCAUGAAAGAAUUCUGUGCUUUAUCAUGUGGUUAUUGUUCUCAGAAAGUGGUAGCCAAAUCGGAAGGAGUUAAAACAGGAUCGUAUUUGGAUUUUGGCAAAAAAUGA